AAUUUGCCAUGUCAUUACCUUCAUGUUGUAUAAAAAAAUAUUGUCAUAACAACAUCGGGGAUGGACAUCACAGGGAAAGUUUAGUCUAAUAGUAGAAUCUGCUACUUCAUUGGCGAAUUCUUGGGAGAGUAAGCUGAUAAGUGAAGGCAGCAAGAUGGUGGACAUAAGAAUCGACGAGGAUCUCAGACGUUUCUUCGCCGAUGUCAUCUCCAAAGCUUGCUUCGGGAGCACCUAUUCCGACACCAAAGAAAUAUUUGUCAGGAUUAGAGCUCUGCAUCAAGCCAUGCCCAACAAAAGCCUCCUCGUCGGCCUUCCUGUCUUGAAAUAUCUGCCGACCUAUAGCAACAGAGAGAUAUGGAAGCUAGAGAAGGAGAUCCGGAUGUUGAUCCUAAAAGUGGUGGAAGAACGAAGACGGGGCGCACGCCAAAGGGAUCUUUUGCAAACCAUCAUUGACGGAGCUAACAACAGCGGCCUUCGUUCCGAAUCCGCUACCAAUUUUAUCGUUGACAACUGCAAGAACAUCUACCUUUCUGGUCAAGGAGUCACCCCCAUGUCUGCCUGUUGGACCUUACUUCUCCUAGCUGCCCAUCCUGAUUGGCAAGCUCGUGUCCGUGAUGAAGUCUUGGAAAUCUCCGGAGGACACCUUCCCAAUCCCGACGUGCUUCCUAAAAUGAAACUGUUGGGCAUGGUAAUUAAGGAAGCAAUGAGGUUGUAUCCAGCGUUCGGAUUCUUGUCAAGGGAGGCCUUGGAGGAUAUUAAACUUGGGAGCAUUCAAGUUCCUAAAGGAACCAAUAUUUGGUUUCCUAUACUUGCCUUACAUCGGGACUGUUCCCUCUGGGGCCCUGAUGCUGAUGAAUUUUGUCCAGGGAGAUUUGCAAAAGGAGUAGCAGCGGCUUGUAAGGUUCCACAACUCUUCAUGCCUUUUGGUGCUGGGUCUUACGUUUGUGCAGGACAACACCUUGCCAUGACUGAGCUGAAGAUAGUCACGUCUCUCUUGCUAUCCAAAUUCACAUUUUCCAUCUCACCUAAGUAUCAGCAUGCUCCAAUGUUUAGGUUGAACAUUGAACCUGAGGAUGGGGUAAACCUUCUCGUGAAGAGGAUAUAAUAUUAUAGGGGAGUGGGAACAAUGUAAGCCUGGAAUAAGAUAAUAAUAUUUUA